AUGGCUUCCAUCUUGACUGCUGGAGAGGCUGUCGCACGCAUUUCAUACCUGGCCAGCGACGUUGUCGUCUCUGUCCAGCCAUCUCUUGCAACCGACUCCGAGUUCUCAAACUUCUUCACAACCUACCGCCAGAACAAGGCUUCAGGACUGGUCUCAACAUCUCCCGAGAUUAUCCCUGUCAAGCACAAUGCAGACCCGCUGCUCUCGGCCUUCCAGCCUCUUCGCUCAGGCAAGCUUGUAUCAGUGACAACAUCGUCCUCGAUCCUGGUCCGCUCCGUUCCCCACCUCUUCAAGCUUGCACAGUACCCGGUAGUGUUGCACGUUGCACUCCAACCCGCAGGCUACCCCGAUUACUCAGACAUUACCUCAAUCAGACAGUCAGGCUUUACUUUCCUCCAGUCUGAGUCAUUGCAAGAGGCUCAGGAUCUUGCUGUGACCGCACAUGCUUUGGCUAUCAAGUCAGGAAAGGGUGUCAUCCACUUCUUCGACUCUGCCAACAUUUCAAACGACAAUCCCAUUGAGCAAGAAGAUAGAGAGCUGGUUAGAAAGAUUUUGAAGAUUGAGCAACAUUCAGCAACUGCUUCCACCGAGUCCGGCCUCUACGCAGAUGACGGCAAGAUCGCCACCCGUACCAUUUCUGGCACUGCUACCGGUGUCAAUGGUUCAGCCACCCCUGAACGUACCGGAGCAUCCUCUGCGCCGAUAAGCGAUCGCGAGUCAUCAAGUGGCUCAAGCACCGACGGUCGCAACGGUAGCAGUGACAGCGGAUCCGUUGUCUCAUCCAACGCAACUUCCGUCGACUCUGUGCCAAGCCGUGCUAUCACUUCCGAGGACAUCGACACAUUCACCACUCAGAUUUGGUCUGAGUUGUACGAGUCCACUGGAAGAAGAUACAAGGCUUUCGAAUACUCUGGUCCUGAAGACGCCGAGUCGGCUGUUUUCUUAUUCGGAUCUGACACUGCUCUGUUUGCUCAAGAGGUCGACAAGGCCAACUCCUCAGACGAGUUCUACGGUGCUGGUAUCGUUACCGCUCGUCUCUACAGACCUUGGUUGGGCGCCAAACUUCUCGAGACUCUUCCCAAGAGCUUGAAGAGAAUCGCCGUCCUCGAGCAAAUCCGUCGCAAGACCACUCGUUGGGGACCCCUUCUUCUCGAUCUCCUUGUCUCUAUCAAGGCGUCAGGUAAUGCAGGUCCUCUGAUUGUUGGCCACCAGCUUGGCUACAUUGAGCCUUCCACAAUUCGCCAGGCGCUCAAGGGUAUCUUCCAGAACUUGUCUUCCUCCACUCCUAUUCAAAACCUCGAGAUCGGAAACCAUGAGGGUCCUAAGGAAGGCGAGAAGGAGUUCGAGCUUGAGCAACCAAAGGUUGAGAACGCUUACAUGAAGAUUCUUGAUCAGCUCUUCGGAGAUCGUCUCCAUGUGGCUAACAGAAUUGGCGCCGACAAUGCCGGCGUGUCGAACGAGAUCAGUGCAAAUCCUGAGUACGGAUUCGGUUCCCUCGUCGCUCGCUCUGAGCACAGAGAUCGCUUCAUUACUGAGGUGCAGACAGCAGCCAAGUCCGGUGACUUUGCCACCGACGCACCCAAGCAACAGCUCUCGAAGUGGCUUCUGGAGGCUCAGCAGGCAUCCAAGGCCAACAAUCUUGCGCCUGAAGUAAUCUCUGGUUUGACCAGCGACAACUCUCCUCUGGCCACCGAACUCCUCUCCAACAAGGGCCUUUUCUACAAGGAGUCGCAAUGGCUCAUUGGCUCGGAUGCAUGGGCCUAUGAUUUGGGUAACUCUGGUGUUCACCAUGUUCUUGCAUCUGACAAGAAUGUCAACAUGCUCAUCAUUGACUCACAGCCCUACUCUGAGAGAGCUGCUGCCGACGCCGCAAGAAGAAAGAAGGAUAUUGGUCUUUACGCCAUGAACUUCGGCAAUGCCUACGUCGCAUCAGUCGCUGUCUACAGCUCGUACACUCAAGUGCUGCAGUCCAUGUCUGAGGCUGAGCAAUUCAAUGGUCCUUCCGUUGUUGUUGCUUACCUACCCUACAGCAAGGAGACCGACUCGCCCCUGGCCGUUCUUCAGGAGACCAAGAAGGCCGUCGAUAUUGGUUACUGGCCUCUCUACAGAUGGAACCCUCGCGCCGAGGAGAAUGGCGAGGAGAACUUCCAACUCGACUCGGAGCGCAUCAGACAAGAGCUCAAGGCAUUCUUGAAGAGAGACAACUACCUCACUCAGCUUAUGAAGAGACAUCCUCAGUUCAGCGCCAAUCUCUCACAGUCUUAUGGCUCUGAGGUCCGUCAGCUUCAGAAGCGCAAGGCCAAGGAUGCCUACAGCAGUCUUCUCGAGGGCUUGCAGGGUGCUCCUCUUACCAUCCUGUUUGCUUCCGACAACGGCAACUCGGAGAACCUCGCAAAGCGUCUGGGUAACCGCGGUAAGGCCAGAGGUCUGAAGACCAUGGUCAUGGCCAUGGACGACUACCCUCUGGAGGAUCUGUCGACUGAGGAGAACGUUGUCAUGUUCAGCAGUGUUGCUGGUCAGGGUGAGUUCCCUCAGAAUGGCAGAAACUUCUGGGAGGGUGUCAAGAACUCUACCGACCUGGAUCUCGCUAGUGUCAACUUUUCCGUUUUCGGUCUCGGUGACAGCCACUACUGGCCGAGAAAGGAGGACAAGAUCUACUACAACAAGCCCGCAAAGGACCUAUACUCAAGAGUUCUUACUCUCGGUGGCAAGUCUUUGGUCGACUGUGGUCUUGGUGAUGAUCAGGAUCCCGACGGCUACCAGACUGCUUACAACGAUUGGGAGCCCAAGCUCUGGGACGCACUCGGUGUUGGCAACGUAGAGGGUCUUCCCGAUGAGCCCCCACCAAUCACCAAUGAGGAUAUCAAGAUUGCCUCGAACUUCCUUCGUGGAACUAUCGUGGAGGGUCUCCAAGACCCUUCUACUGGAGCCAUCUCCGCCGCCGAUGCUCAGCUUACCAAGUUCCACGGUACAUACAUGCAAGAUGACCGUGACAUCAGGGAUGAGCGUAAGGCUCAGGGUCUCGAGCCCGCAUACUCCUUCAUGAUUCGCUGCCGUCUGCCCGGUGGUGUCGCUACUCCUGAUCAAUGGGUGCAGAUGGACGCCAUUGCUUCGACCUUGGGUAAUGAGACUAUGAAGUUGACCACUCGUCAGACCUUCCAGUUCCACGGUGUUGUCAAGAGCAAGCUGAAGCCAGCUAUGCAAGCUAUCAACAAGGCUCUCAUGACUACCAUUGCUGCCUGCGGUGAUGUUAACCGCAACGUCAUGUGCAGUAGUCUGCCCGAGCACUCGGAGUACCACAGAGAAGUCUUUGCAAGCUCCAAGCUGAUCAGCGACCACCUGCUGCCCGCCACUACGGCCUACCACGAGAUCUGGCUCAAGGAUGAGAACGACAACAAGACCCAAGUCGCUGGAGAUGCCGUUCAGGACCACGAACCCAUGUAUGGUCCUACCUACUUGCCUCGCAAGUUCAAGAUCACCAUCGCCAUUCCUCCUCACAACGAUACGGAUGUCUACGCUCACGAUGUCGGUCUUAUCGCCAUCAAGGGCGAGGAUGGUCACCUUGCUGGAUAUAACUUCCUUGCUGGUGGUGGCAUGGGUACUACUCACAACAAUAAGAAGACAUACCCUCGUACCGGCAGUCUUUUGGGCUACGUUUCCAAGGAGAAGGUUCACAUUGCUUGUGAGAAGGUCAUGCUCGUCCAACGCGACAACGGUGACCGUACUGACCGCAAGCACGCUCGUCUGAAGUACACUAUGGAUGACAUGGGCGUAGAUGUUUUCAAGGCAGAGGUCGAGAAGUACUGGGGCGACAAGUUCGAGGAGGCUCGUCCAUUCCACUUCAAGAGCAACAUCGACACCUUUGGCUGGCAGAAGGAUGAGAACGGCAAGAACCACUUCACCAUGUUCAUCGAGAACGGACGUAUCGAGGACACUGCCGACUUCCCUAUGAAGACUGGUCUGCUUGAAAUCGCCAAGGUACACAAGGGCGAGUUCCGCCUCACUGGUAACCAGCAUCUCAUUCUUUCCAACGUCAGCGAUGAGGAGUUGCCCAAGAUGAAGGAGAUGAUGGCUAAGUACAAGCUGGACAACACCAACUUCAGUGGCCUUCGUCUGAGCAGUAGUGCUUGCGUGGCCUUCCCCACCUGUGGACUUGCCAUGGCAGAAUCCGAGCGCUACCUGCCCGAGCUCAUUACCAAGCUCGAGGGUGUACUUGAGGAAACUGGUCUUCGUCAGGACAGCAUUGUCAUGCGCAUGACUGGUUGUCCCAAUGGUUGUGCCCGUCCUUGGCUCGCAGAGGUCGCGUUUGUUGGUAAGGCUUUCGGCGCAUACAACAUGUACCUUGGUGGUGGCUACCACGGCCAACGCCUGAACAAGCUUUAUCGCGGAUCCAUCAUGGAGGAGGAGAUUCUUGCCAUCAUGAAGCCUUUGAUCAAGCGCUACGCGAGCGAGAGAAACGAUGGCGAGCAGUUUGGAGACUUCUGCAUUCGUAUCGGCAUGAUCAAGCCGACGACCGAGGGCAAGUACUUCCACGACGACGUCGCAGAAGUUGAGGAUGAAGAGUAA